CACUGUUGCUAUAGUAGAAAGCAACUCCGCUCACCUGCUGUUCGACUGGCAAACUGCUCUGUCCAAAAGAAUCUCAUCCGCUCUAAAAGCCUUCCAAAUGUCGCCAUUAACCACACUGAAGACGGGCCUGUCAGGAUUCCCAAUUCUCCAUGGAGAACACUCUCCGCAAAACGUUGCCUUGUAUGCUUUCACGCUGGGCGCAUGUACAGGAUUGGCGAUGGGGCUGAGCUGGAUGGACUACGUGUCUUGUGCUUGGGGCGGGUAUUUUGCUCUGGUUUCGCUGGGUAUGGUCUUGGAGUAUAUCAGCAGAGCAAUAAUGAAGCAGGAGGAGGGACUAAGAUCGUUUCUCUUGCCUGGAUCGGCGUGGGAAAACGCUCUUCUACUACUCGGGCCCGUAGAACUCGCAAUAGAGCAGAGUCUUUUUGGAAGAUUCGCAAGCAUCCCAACGGUCACCUCAAUUGGCGUGCUCCUUGCAAUAUUUGCGCAGAAUAUUCGCACGAUAUCCUUACUGGAAUUGAGCGGAAACCCCGAGAACAGAUCAGCAGCAAAGCGAGCAGAGCUCGCAUUGUCCGUGUGGAGAGUGGCUGUCCAGGUUGUUCUGUGCAAUCCACUAUGCUUAGCGGCUUACUUCAUGUCUGAGACCCCGGCCGGAUCCGAGCCCCAACCGGCCCAGCCUGAAAUGGCAUUCGGGCCUUUCGGACUGCCAAUCUUUGAUGGAGAGCAUACACCACAGAACAUUGCUGCUUACGCGUACUUGUUGGGCUGUGCCCACGGAUUUGGCGUAGCGGUGGGACUAGUUUCUCCGAACAUACCCGGUCUCGGCUUUUUCAUCGCAAUGCUGGCAUUAUUCCAUACGCUAGAGUAUAUCUGCACCGCCAUGUAUAGGACAGAUGUGAAAAUGUCGUCGUUUCUACUGAAUCAGAGCCGCGAGUAUCAUUUGGCUAUGACCGCCGGCAUCGUCGAAUAUCUUGCAUGGUAUCUAAUAUUCCCGAGUCUGAAGAUUUUCCAUUGGUGGAAUUGGCUCGCAUUAUACGGAGUUGCCGCAUCCCAAACGCUUCGAUCAGCUGCAAUGAUAACGGCCGGAUCCAAUUUCACUCACAUUGUUGCGGAGGAAAAGCACUCGACGCAUACCCUUGUCACCAAUGGCAUUUACAGCGUUUUUCGCCACCCAUCGUAUACAGGCUUCUUUUAUUGGGGCGUAUGCAUGCAGAUUCUCCUCGCAAAUCCAAUUUGUACAUUGGGCUAUACGGCCGCACUCUGGCGAUUCUUCCAUGACAGAAUAGCAGACGAAGAACUGACGCUGCUGCGCUUUUUCGGAUCAGAUUAUGAAGAAUUCAGGUCCAAGACAAAGGUGUUCAUUCCAUUCAUUGCAUAAAUAGAUGUAGAUCAUGUUUUUUGUUAUUGUGCAUAUAUUUUAUGGUGCAUCAUGUACACUUGCGUCCCAUGAAGCAGGAGGCCGCCCGCUUAUAAAGUUAUGGAUUUUGCACAUCUAACGGAG